UGCCCUCCUUCCAUCAACAAAAAAGUAGAAGUAGCAUCAAAUUAUUUAAUUCACUAAAGAUCAGUUUCACAAUCGAUUAUUAAAAAUUUAUUUGCAGAAAAAUGACUUCGUCAGGCUUCACAUUGCCAAUGGCAACUACAGCACAAUCCUUAACAGCUCCAAGUCAGUCCAUAACGUCUGCUGCUAAUUUACAAACAUCUACAACAUUACCGGUUAAUCAAAUGAAUUUUUAUAAUCUCGAGGAACAAAUAAACAAAUAUACUCUCGAAUUGGCAGAACAGGAGAAAGUAUUUACAAAUCAAGCAACAUGCGUAAAUGCUUGGGAUAGUAUUUUGUUGAAGAACGGUGAAAAGAUUGUGGAACUGAAUAAAGCUGUUGAAAAGAUAAAAACUGACCAGUCUUGUUUAGAACAAAAAAUAGAUUUUAUUAAUGCACAGCAAAUUGAGCUUGUUGAAAUUAUUUUGCCCCUUGAGAAAGAAUUGGCAAAGAUGAUUCCGCAGCAAAUAGACGUGGAUCGUAGCCAAGCUUAUUUGAUGGCUGAAACAUUGGACUCUCAAUUGAAACAAAUGUCUGAAGAUUUAAAAGAAGUUAUUGAGCAUUUGAAUGAAGCCAAUAAGUUUUCAGAUCCAGCUGAUCCGAUGAUUCAAAUUGCAAAAAUCUUAAAUGCUCAUUUUACAUCUUUGCAGUGGAUUGAAGAGAAAACUCAAUCCAUUAACAAUCGAUUAGAUGAAAUUUCAAAAAUAAGUUCAACAUAUCAAAAAGGCUCCUUUCGCUACGAUUAAGUUAACUUUAUUUUCAUUGUUC